GCGCUGUGCAUGCGCGCGCCCCAUUCGGUGAGCGCACGAGCAGGCUGCACCUCGAGGAAGAAUCUCAUCUGUGAAGACACUCAAAGUGAGCAAGAAUGGACGAGUGGGAAGAACAGGAAACCGCUACCUCUGGUACUUGUGCACUCACCAGCCACACCUCAAAUGGAGGUUCACAAGGAGAUUUCUGGAGCUCUGAUCGUGGUGAAUUUCAAGGAGGUCGUGGUGGACGGGGUAGAGGAAGAGGAGGAUUUAAAAACUCAUCCUUCUCAGGUGCUGAGGACGGUGCAAACGAUGGUGACAGCCAGAAUAAUACAGCAGAAAGGAGUAGCUUCAGCCGAAGAGGAGGCCGUGGGCGUGGCAGAGGCUUCGGCAGAACGGAUCACGGUGAUUUCGACGCCAAUGAAGAGAAUGGUGACAAUACAAACGUGUCGAGAGGAAGAAGAGGGGGCAGAGGAGGAAGCUAUAGGCAAGGUGGCGAGCAGGGUGGCAGAGGUGGCUUUGGAGGAGGCUACCGUGGGAAAGAUGAAGAGGUCUUUGCUCAAGGGCAACAGGAUACACCUGCAGAGAAGACAGAUGAGAGUGACAGACCCAGGGUUACCUACGUUCCCCCACCACCCUCUGAAGAUGAGGAGUCCAUUUUUUCCCACUAUGAGUCCGGUGUCAACUUUGACAAGUAUGACUUGCCCUCGAUGCUGGUGUACAUUUCUUCUGCUUUCUCUCAGACGUUUGAUGAAGCGGCGCUGUGCGAGUCCCUAAAGAGAAACGUCAGCAAGUCUGGUUAUGUGAAGCCCACCCCUGUGCAGAAGCACGGGAUCCCCAUCAUUUCUGCUGGCAGGGAUCUCAUGGCCUGCGCCCAGACUGGGUCUGGUAAAACGGCUGCCUUCCUGCUACCAAUCCUUCAACAGCUGAUGGCAGAUGGCGCGGCGGCCAGUUGCUUCAGUGAGACGCAGGAGCCUGAAGCCAUCAUUGUGGCGCCAACUAGGGAGCUCAUCAACCAGAUUUACCUGGAGGCCAGGAAGUUUGCAUAUGGCACAUGUGUGCGACCUGUUGUAGUGUAUGGUGGAGUCAGCACUGGACACCAAAUGAGAGACCUCUCCAGGGGCUGCAAUGUGUUGUGUGGAACACCAGGACGCCUGCUGGACAUGAUUGGAAGAGGAAAGGUUGGCUUGACCAAAGUGCGUUACUUGGUGCUGGAUGAGGCUGACCGCAUGUUGGAUAUGGGCUUUGAGCCUGACAUGCGCCGCCUGGUGGGCUCUCCUGGGAUGCCAUCGAAAGAGAACCGUCAGACUCUGAUGUUCAGCGCUACUUUCCCCGAGGACAUCCAGAGGCUGGCAGCUGACUUUCUAAAGACUGACUAUUUGUUCUUGGCCGUGGGAAUUGUGGGCGGAGCCUGCAGUGAUGUGGAGCAGACAUUUGUGCAGGUCACCAAGUUCGCUAAGAGGGAGCAGCUUUUAGACCUCCUGAAAUCAACAGGAUCGGAGCGCACCAUGGUGUUUGUAGAGACCAAGAGACAGGCGGAUUUUAUUGCUGUAAUCUUGUGUCAGGAGAAGUUUCCAACUACCAGCAUUCACGGUGACCGUGAGCAGUGGCAGCGAGAGCAGGCGCUUGGAGACUUCCGCUCUGGCAAAUGUCCUAUCCUGGUGGCGACCUCUGUAGGUGCCCGUGGACUCGAUAUUCCAGAUGUGCAGCUCGUGGUGAACUUUGACCUACCAAACAAUAUCGACGAGUACGUCCAUCGUAUCGGUAGAACCGGCCGCUGUGGCAACACCGGGAGGGCAGUGUCCUUCUAUGAUCCAGAAGCUAACAGCGAGUUGGCUCGAUCACUGGUCACAAUCCUGUCCAAGGCCCAGCAGGAGGUUCCCUCGUGGUUAGAGACGGCUGCGUUCAGCGGCCAUGGCCCCUCUGGCUUUAACCCACCCAGGAAGCAUUUUGCCUCCACAGACUUGAGGAAGGGUCCACAGGGAGGCUUUUUCCAGGACAGCAGUGUAACGAGUCAGCUGGCAGCACAGACGGCUGCUGACGAUGAAGAAUGGGAGUGAGCGCGGCGCAGUCGCACAGCAAUGAUCCCAAUUUUCUAAAUUGUUGAGCUUGUUGGUGUUUUUAGUUUUGUUGGAAGAAUAGUUUGUCACAGGCCAGAGAGUUAAAAUAUUAGUACAGAUAAAGUACUGUUAUCAAUAUGUUGUAAAGUCUGUUUGUUUUGGGGGUUUUCUUUUUGUUUUUUUACUUUUUUUUUUUUUAGUAUUAUUACUUAAUUUUUUGGAGUUAAACAUUUUUUGUGUAAACAGCGUGUGUCUUACUCAAAGCCAAUCUCAUUGUAGUUCUGUUUCUUAUCUGAAUAAAUGUUUAAAGCAA